AGAGAGCAAGUGAGCGAGAGCCCAGCCGGAGGGAGAGCCAGAGCUAGGCGCAAAAGAAGGGCCAGCACAUUACAUCAUCGCUUGGCCUGGAAUCAAAUGGGAAGGAUAUGACUCACUCAAGCUAGUUAAGCUUUGGCUCAAAUUCUACACACACUCAUUCCAGAGCUCUCAUGUUCUGCACCUCAGGAGGGAAUUCAGCCUCAGUGAUGUCCAUGAGGCCUGUCCCAGGCUCUCUAUCUUCUCUGCUACAUCUCCACAACAGACAGAGACAGCCCAUGCCAGCCUCCAUGCCUGGGACCCUGCCCAACCCUACAAUGCCAGGAUCUUCCGCCGUCUUGAUGCCAAUGGAGAGACAAAUGUCAGUGAACUCCAGCAUCAUGGGGAUGCAAGGUCCAAAUCUCAGCAACCCCUGUGCUUCUCCCCAGGUCCAACCAAUGCAUUCAGAAGCCAAAAUGAGGUUGAAGGCUGCAUUGACUCACCACCCUGCUGCCAUGUCAAAUGGGAACAUGAACACCAUGGGACACAUGAUGGAGAUGAUGGGCUCCCGGCAGGACCAGACGCCACACCAUCACAUGCACUCGCACCCACAUCAGCACCAGACACUGCCACCCCAUCACCCUUACCCACACCAGCACCAGCACCCAGCGCACCAUCCUCACCCUCAACCCCAUCACCAGCAGAACCAUCCACAUCACCACUCCCAUUCCCACCUUCAUGCACACCCAGCACAUCAUCAGACCUCGCCACAUCCGCCCCUGCACACCGGCAACCAAGCACAGGUUUCACCAGCAACACAACAGAUGCAGCCAACCCAGACAAUACAGCCACCCCAGCCCACAGGGGGGCGCCGGCGAAGGGUGGUAGACGAGGAUCCCGACGAGAGGCGGCGGAAAUUUCUGGAACGGAACCGGGCAGCUGCCACCCGCUGCAGACAGAAGAGGAAGGUCUGGGUGAUGUCAUUGGAAAAGAAAGCAGAAGAACUCACCCAGACAAACAUGCAGCUUCAGAAUGAAGUGUCUAUGUUGAAAAAUGAGGUGGCCCAGCUGAAACAGUUGUUGUUAACACAUAAAGACUGCCCAAUAACAGCCAUGCAGAAAGAAUCACAAGGAUAUCUAAGUCCGGAGAGUAGCCCUCCUGCUAGUCCUGUCCCAGCUUGCUCCCAGCAACAAGUCAUCCAGCAUAAUACCAUCACUACUUCCUCAUCGGUCAGCGAGGUGGUAGGAAGCUCCACCCUCAGCCAGCUCACCACUCACAGAACAGACCUGAAUCCGAUUCUUUAAAAUGCACCAUAAGACCUGGCCUCCAAGAAGAGCUGUAGCGUAGCAUGCAUCCUUUCUUUUAAGGGCAUUUUUAGAAUUAACUCAGACCUGGAAGACUCCUCAGUUCUUCAAAGACUGGCUUUCAUUUUUAUAGUUACUAUGGAAAUGUUGUCUUUUAUACUUAGUUAUAUAAGAAAAAAGGGAGUUAUGCAAUUAAUAUCUAUCAGCUUGGGAAACGCUUUGGUGCUUUUCUCCAAUUUUCUGGUACCAGUUACUUGUUUAUAAACUGAACCUUUUCUGUAUAUAGCCAUGGUUUCAUUCUUAUCAGUCCAACCUUUGCCUGAAACAUUGAAUCUUGUUAAACCACAGCUUUUGGCCAAAAUGAGGUAUACCUAGAUGUCAAGUAAGACAGAUCCAAGGUAACUGGGUAGGAAAUCUUUUGACAUCUUAACUCAUGUUGAGUUUGUGCUGUGGUGUCACCAGAAUUCCAGAUAAACACACAGCCUUUCCCAUAACUUUUUUUUUCUUACUAUAAAAUAUUAUAAGAUCCAUCGAUGUCCAAAUAAUACCACCGAGCAUCUCUUCACCUCUCCUUCUCCUCUUGGUCCACUUGCUAAUGCCCAGUUUUCUUCUCCAUUUCCACUUUUUCUUAGGCUCCCUGUUUACUCUUCAUUUUGACUUCCUUCUGUUUUAUUUUUUUCUCUUUCAUUGCAUGUGAAUAAGAAAAUAAUGUUUAAAGAAAAAAAAAAAAACCUCCAAAACGUGGACCUAACCAUUGCUUCACUUACACUUCACCCACAGCUGGAGUUCAUUCAACUCUUGCUUUUCACAAAAUAGUAACCAGGAGAUGUUUAAUGUGCCUGAUUUAAUGUUUUUAAUAAUCAGAGCAAAUGAAAGGUGGUUUAGUUAUAAGUGAAGCACGGUUGAAUACCAGCUGGGGAGACACUAGGGAAGGGAGCUUUGUAAGCCUUGAUUGUGAAAGUCCAAAUUUUGAUGUGGGGCUAUAACAUGACACCCUUGGAUUGCAACUGGUUUUAUAUGGCCUGUCUAUAAUGUUGAAAAUCCAUGUACUAUAUAAUAAUUCAGAAGGGCUCUAUUCACUACACAGAUUACAUUGUUCAAUCAUCAGCUGCUAAUAGCCUAAGAUUUAUUAUUAUUAUUUUUUCUUAAGCCUAUGGAACCAGCUUUGCUGUUCUGGGGGGCGAAAAUAGACUAACUACUGGAGAAACAAAGAGAGAAAGAAAACCCGGUGUUUCCACAGGGGCACUUUUAGCCUUCCCACAACAGUUAAGCACUCUAUGACUGCUGAAGGAACCCCAUGGAUGAGGCGCAAGCUACUUCACUCUUUUUUUUUCUUUUUUGAGACAGAGUCUCACCUAUUGCCCAGACUGAAGUGCAGUGGUGCGAUCAUGGAUCACUGCAGCGUCAUCCUCCGAGUUCAAGCUAUCCUUCCACCUCUGCCUCCUGAGUAGCUGGGACCACAGGUUCACAUAACCAUGCCUGGCUAAUUUAUUUUUACUUUUAUUUUAAAAUAAAAGAUGAGGUCUCUCUUAUGUUGCCCAGGCUGGUCUCAAACUAUCCUACUUCUUCCUCCCAAAGUGUUGGGAUUACAGGCGUGAGUCACUGCACCCAGCCUACUUCACUCUUCUGAAUUAUUCUGAUUUAUUUUCAACAACUUUUGUGAACUUGCCCAUGAUACAAAGCAGAUAGUCCCUGAACCACAGUCGUGCCUCCUUGAAACAAGCCAUUCUACUGUGCUAAUGUUUUAAUAUCACAUCUCACAAAUAACAGGGGUGAAUGUUUCUCUCUAGCAAUCUAGGCAGGUGCUGGUGUUUCAUCUCCAUUUGAAUGCUUGACCUCUUAACGUGUGUGUGUGUGUGUGUGUGUGUGUGUGUGUCUGUGUGUGUUCAUGGGUUUUAAAAGAACAGUAUUUUACAAAAGGUGUAGCUUUUAUAAGAGUUCAGAAAAGGAAAGGAUGUGUUUUUUUCUCUCACUAUAGUAUAAGAAUCUAUUUUGGAGAAAAAAAGAAAAUAUGAGGGUCCCGAAGCAUGAUUUUUAUAUAACUAGUUUCAGUUUUAUCUAAUAACUUCCUUUUUAAAUCAAUAUUUAUCAACAAUCUUUCCAUGUAUGCAGUGCUUUCAAAAGAUGGUUUUGAGUGUCCAGUGAAACUUAUGACUUGGAUAUAUGGUUGAAGAAUCCAAACAAAAGCAAAAAAAAAAAAAAAAAAGCAAAAAAAGAAAAGAGAAAAAAAGAAAAAAUGCAAAUGAAAUAAUUUUCUAUUAUAUUUUAGACAAACAUAUCAUUUUCAAGUAUUUUAAAUACUGAAUUCAUAGCUGUUGUUUUUUAAAUUCCAACAGUAACAGCUGAAUGGUUUAAUCUGACUGGCUUCCUAAGAAAUGUUUAAGACUCAGCUUUAAAAAGAAAUUAACAUUCAUAUCUCUGUUUUGAAAUCAAAAAUCAUAUUUCAAAAUUCUUUCCUAGGACCAUCUAUCUGUCUCCCCUCCCCCCCACAAAAAGGAGAAAGAGUGCAUUAAAAUGUUUAGUUGGGUUUUUUAAUUUUUAAUUUUUAUGUUAUGUUUUGCUUUAAGUAAACAAAAAUUUUCCUUUCUUUACUGCAUGCAUAGCACUUAAUAAAAUGGAUUUUUUAAAAAUCCACUAGUAAUAUCAGAAUGUCCAGGGAGUGACUGUCACUACAAUGAUGGUUUAGUUUACUUCUGUUCCACCUUUUGAUUGAAAUAUUUAGUUGUUAGGCUGAAAGCCUCUGCAGUUAAGAACUUGCCUGAGUUUUCUUCGUUCAGCAACUUGACAGUUUGACUGAUGUGCAUUAUAUAUAGCUCAAUUAUGUCUGUUUUUUAUGCUAAGUAGGAAAACCAACCACACACAUUAGCAAACCGGCCUCAACAUGUAAUUAGAAUAAACUGUCUUCUUGUUCUACUCAGGGCCUUUAGGUGUGUUCAUUCACGGUAUGGAAAUACAGUAAAUGAAAGAUUCCAACUAGUUGUCAGUGCUUCUUGAAAUUCCAAACAGAAAGAUACAUUGGUCAAAUCCAACGCUUGGCUUAUCAAUAUUAAGUCUUUUACCUAAAGGCCCAGCCGUCACGAGACAACAGAAUAAUCAAUCUGCCUGAAAAUCCCUCCUCCUUGUCCUACACUUUUUGCCUGUUUGGGAGAAUAUCUUUGUACUCCAUUCUCCUCCCUCAGCCAGUUACUGGGUCACCCAUCCACGUGUUCAUGAAUCAAUCAUCACGGCCUUCAGAGCACCUGUCCUAAGGAGGGAAAAUCCUGCCACACUGCCUCUCCCCAUUCAUGUGUGGUUUUCUUGAUCGGUGAGAUCUGUCUCUGAUGUCACUGCCAGCCUCCCUGGGAACAUCUAUAGUGCCUCCCCUGCCUUAUGUGAUGGGAGUUAACAACUCAGAUAAGUACACCCGAGAGCAUUUCUACCAGGUAAACUCUCACUUAAAUGGAGGUGUCCACAUCUUAAUUGUUUCUCCUUGACAAAUUUCUCAAUCCACGAUGCCAGGAGAGGUAGAGUGAAAAUCCCAGCCAUGGAUGAAUGUACUAAUUUGAAAGCCAAGUGUUAAGUCGGAUGUUUUCCCGUUACGCUACUACUCAGCCCUCUCCUGCGGCCACAUCAACGGAUGCAAGUCACAGUCUUAACACAGCCUGUGGGAGACAAGCAGUUUGUGUGCUCACAGUAUAUAUUAUAGUAAUUAGGGUGACUUAGAGCAAAUACUCUUCAGAUCCCAUGUAGUCAGUGAAACAAAAUGGAGAGCGUAUUCUGAUAGAGGGAUGUCGACGGUGAAUGUUCUGGUGGUUGUUGCCUGUUAAGUAAACUUUAGUGUGUAAGUUGAGUUUGUCGUUAAAAUCAUAAACCAGCUGCAGUAACAGACAAGCCUUUGGCUGUGGAGUUUUAAGCCUCGGUAACUGCUAUAAAACUAGCCAUCCAGUUAGGAUAGAAUGUGUUUCUUUCUGGUUAAAAAAAGAAAAAACCAUCUAAGAAAAUAUAUAUGUAUGUAUGUGUGUAUACAGUGAAAUUCAAGGACCAAAGCAAAAUUUGAAUAGGAAUCUAUUAAUUUAGAAUUUUAUAAGAUAUUUAUUAAUAAAUGUUAUUUUUAAACAUUCCAUUUGAACAGUAUUCUGUAGGAUCUACUUGUUUUUAAAGUGUUAGUCCAUAAUAAACUACUAUAGUUAUGUGUAUUUUCAUUUUUCAGGGUUUCAAAUGGCUAUUCUCCAUCAUUUGGUGGAAAUGUUUGCUUAGAUCUCUGUGCAUAGACAUUUCAAGGAUUUUUAUUGCUCUGUGAGUUAUUUUUUAAUCAACAUUCUGAACAGUUUUUUUAAAACAUUUAUUUCUUUUUUCAUUUUUAAAGUAAGCUCUUUCAUUUCGGAAGCAGAGUUCAGCUAAAGGGAAUCAGUAACUAUAACUGGAACAGCUUUCUUGUAGAAGUGUAAAAACAACUUCAUCUCUGCCUCUCCACCCCACCCCAAUUUCCUAGAAAGCCUUGCACUAUUCAGCUCCCUUAGUGCUUUUUGUCCCUUCCCGAACAAUAUGCAGUAGCUUUAAGCCAUUCAAGCUCCAUUAUGCAGUAUAUCUGAGAAGGGAAAGGAAACAACCCAUUUAAAUUUGAAUAAAACCGUGCCUAUGCGAACAGUAGCAAUUUAGAAUCUCUUUUCUGCUUUUAAAAUAAUUUAUAUUUAAAAAUUGCACUUUAGCUUUUUGAUCCCUUUGUAUUUCUCUUAUUCUCUUUCUAACCUCUUCUCUGUCCUCAAACUUGCCUUUGCUCUCCUUUACAAUGCCCCCCACCCCUCCUCCAAGGCUCUGAGCGGCAUCAUUUAAAAUACUUUACAGAUAUUUGCACCAGGUACAUUUAUGUGCGUCCAUUGGUAGCACAGCUGAGACCUGUGUCUCACAUCAGCCUAGGUGAAGCCUACUACAGGAAUGCCAAGGAGAAGAGCCAGUACACUAUAUAGUUUAUACUCUUUAUCCCUUUAUUCAUAGCAUGUUUUUAAAAAAUGUUAUAUUAUGCAACAGAUGUGAGGCAGCAGCUAAGCUAUACUUAAGAAUUUUCUCUCAUCUUCCAAACCAAAGUGUCCUGAAUAAGCCAGGAGACUUAUUCUUUUGUGCACCCUGGUGCACAUCUGACUGUUGUCCUAGCCAUAGACUCUCUGAGGCCACUGAAAGAACAGUGGCCCUAUCGAUUUCAUUCCUAGGUCUCAAAAAUACAAUGUUGCCUUGUAACAUAAUUAGGGACAGCACCUCUAUUUCACAAUUAUAAUCUAAGGUAGGAUAAGAUGACACAGCAGCAAUAAACUUACAAGUAAAAUUCAAUACCAAAACAAACACAAAGAAAUUUAAAAAACAAAAAACCUAGCUCGUCAUGUUGAGAAAAUGAAAAAGUGUAUGUCCAUUCAAAAUAUUUUACUAUUUCUUGUGGAGUUGUGAUGUAAUGCUUGUAGCCAAAUUGCUUCAAGAGUGUUUAUAUAUUUUUUUCCUUAUAAAUUGUCUAUUUUUAAAAAAAAAAUAUUUAACCACAGCUGAAGUGGGGGGUAAGGCCAAAUUGCCAACAUUUGUUAAAAGAUUAAUACUCUUAAGUGGCACUCUGAUACCUUUCCAACUUGUCAUCAGAAAGGAAUCAAUAAUUACCAACUGUUGUAUUAAGACCAACUUACAAUAUCUAGCUCAUUAGAAGCCAGGAUCUAGAAAGCUCCUUCUAAGCCAUUUAAGAUAUUCUUACAUUGAGCUUCAUAUUAUAGAACUUUAUAGGACUGGAUUUUUUACAAUAGAAUAAUUUAGCCUCAGGACUGAGAAUGUGGAAGCUGAAUAAAUUAGCUUUAAAUACAUCAUUAAAAUCUUAUGCACAAUAAGCUCAUUAGAUUCUAGUUUUCUCCUUCAGAAUACCAAUGCCACAGACGCUACAGGAGAUAAUGAAAGGUAUCAGUUGUGUUGAGUGGAGGGGGUUUAGGAGAAAGGACCCUUCCCAACCAGCAGCCAGUAGAAAAUACAACCUACUCACCUUUUUCCCUUCUAAGUUCUGCUAAAUCACAUCUGCCUCAUAGAGAAAGGAAUGUUGCCUUUGAGAACUCUUGGAGAACAGAUAAGCUUGAAAUGUUCUCUCUAGAGAGGACAUAGGGUUUGGGAUCCUCUGAAAAGGCCCAGAAAAAUAGCUCAGUUCAAACACAAUGUUCUAGGACAAUUGGAAUAUAAAUAUUGUCCAAAAAUAUAAUUAAAAGAAAAAAGUUUAGCACUGUGUAAAGUAAGUGUUAACUGAGGAAGUCCCAAAAAGGUGCUGUCACUUUAAGUUCUGGACUUGGGGUUGUUUGUAUUUGUAAACAGCAAAGCAUUUGUGUUUGUUUGUCUAUUUGUAAAGCAACCACCUUCCUUAUUGGAAGGAGAAAAAAAAGGGGUACAUACAUGUAAAUACUUGCUGCAGCAUUUAAUAUGUUUAAUUUUGUGUUAAGCUUUUUGUUGCAUCGUGAACACAUUUAUUGUUACCAAUGGACAAUGAGUUCAUUAAGACUGUUCAACUAGGUCAGAUUUUUACAUCUCUUUCUAGCAAGAAGAGACAAGAUUUUGUGCAUUUGUACAAAUGUUAAUAUCACUGCAAUUCCAAUAUAAUAAAGCACUCAAAUGCAAAUAA